GUCUAUUUUUAAUUCGUGUGUGGUAAACAAGUGUCAUGCGACUUCUCGGUCUCCUGUUGCUGAUAGCUGCAACUCUUUGUUUGCAAAUCUUAGCUGGGGGAAUAGGCAAUCGUUACUAUCUCGAAAAGGAGCAAUUUUUGAUUGAGAUUCUGCACCAUGUUCACGAACCUCUCCUGAACGACCAGUGGCGACUGUUGGGCGAACAAUUGGUCACUGACAAAGAUCAAUAUGUGGUUUUUAACGAUCGCAUGACUACAUUUUUGGAGGCUUUCAAUGUGGGAAAGUUAUUGAAUCAGAAGGCCUACUACAAUCCACUCUAUGAGGAUCAUUACCAGCAGACUCUUGGCCUCUAUAACUUUUUCUACAAUACCAGGGAUUGGUAUACUUUGUGGCAGAAUAUCUGCUGGGCUCGAUUGCACAUGAAUCCAGGACUUUUUGUUCAGGCUCUGACACAGGUCCUUUUGAAAAGGGACGACUACCAGCCCCUGAUAAUGCCCAAGAUUUAUGAACUAUGGCCAGAGUCCUUCCUUGAUAUGAGGACUGUGAGAGAGGCGAGAAAUUUGAAUUUCGCCAACUGGAUAAGGUACGGAAACAUGACAGACUUUGAGGAGGUGCAUCGUCAAGAAAUGGAGCCCAUUAAAGUGGAUGGAGAUUUGAGAAAUACCCCGGAGUGGUUCAAAGCCAUGGCGGAUGUAACUAUCUUUAGAAUGAAACAGAAGCCAAGGGGCAAUAAACUUGGGUAUUUAUUGGAAGAUGUUGACUGGCUGGCCUACUGGUACUACCUUAAUACAGGGAUUAACUUAGUUGAGGAUAAAACCGACCAACUGCAAGAAUGGUGGUACUACCAGUUGGACCAAAUACUAGCACGUUACAAACUGGAACGAUAUGGCCAGCAGAUGGCCUACGAAAAGUUAAGACUCAUACAGGAUGAAAGAAACUCUCAACUGAUAUCCUGGCAGAAUUUAAGAUUCGCCACAGAAGACACAGAGACUACAAGGUCCAUUAACGAAUACUUGGAAGUGUUGGAGUCUACGGUGGACGAGGCAAUCGCAUCUCAUAGUCUCCUUUUGAAAAAUGGAACUUCAAUAGAUUUGUCAGUAAAUAGCAAUUGGCUCAUCGGGCUUAAGGAACUGUUUCCCUUUGAAUGGACACAGUUGCAAAUGGAAACAGCAAAGCAACCGCAACUUCUUUUGGAUCCCCGGACUUCGUUAAGAUCGGAAAACUUUUACUAUUAUGCCGAUCGAUUACUGCAAAUAUAUCAUUGGUAUCGAGGCCAUUUUCAACCGUCCACCCAGAGGUCUUUUGUGCCAACCAAUCUUAAAAUUAAUGAUGUGGAAAUCAGCCCUCUGAUAACCUUUGAUCAGCCUGUGGAUCUAGAUCUCAGUAAUCUUCUACACACCAGACACUUUCACUUGGCAGGCCAGUUUCUGUGGCCUUUCACUCUCCAACAGCGGCAGUUUCGACUCCAACAGAAGGACUUCACCUAUAUCCUUAAAGUCUCGAGCAACAUAACCAAGUCAACUAUAUUUAGGAUAUUCCUAACUACCCCGGAAGGUAAAUCUUUGAACCGGCAGCCUUUCUAUCUCCUAGAUUCUUUCCUGACGAUGAUCUACCAGGGUGAUAAUCGGAUCAAAAGAGAUUCUAUGGAUUUCAAAGGCUUCGUUGGCGAUCACAUUUCCCUAACGGAACUGAAUCAGUUUGUGAAUUUGGCCCAAAACGAGGAAUUCGACUUUCCCUUGAAUAUAUCCACUGCCAAUUGUGGAUUUCCCAGGCGGUUGAUUUUACCGCGAGGAGGUGGAGGAAAUCCAUUAAAAAUGCGUUUAUUCGUAGUGGCCACCAAUUAUGAUUUCAAGGCUCAGCAAGGUAACGAAUUGGAUUGCGAUUUUAGCAAAGGAAUCAGUCGAUGGGAUGAGCUGCCGUUGGGGUAUCCUUUUGAGCGAUUUCUGGAAGAGGAUCACCGGGCCGAGGAAGUCUCCGGAGAUCAUGUACUCUGGAAGGAUGUGGAAAUCUGGCAUGAAGAUCAUUUGGCUUGAAUUUUAUUUGUCAAUACCAACAAUAAACUUGAAUAGAUAUUAUUUGGGCUUUUAGUCCCACCCCUCCA